AUGCCGCAACAAUUGAGCUCCAAGGAUGCGUCCUUGUUCCGCCAGGUGGUUCGCCACUAUGAGAACAAGCAACACAAAAAGGGAAUCAAGACCGCCGAACAGAUUCUUCGCAAAAACCCCACCCAUGGCGAUACCCUCGCGAUGAAGGCCCUGAUCAUCAGCAACAUGGGCCAGCAGGAGGAGGCCUUUGCGCUGGCCAAGGAAGCCCUCAAAAACGACAUGAAGUCGCAUAUCUGCUGGCACGUUUACGGGUUGCUAUAUCGGGCCGAGAAGAACUACGAGGAGGCAAUCAAGGCAUACCGGUUCGCUUUGCGAAUUGAACCCGACUCCCAACCCAUCCAAAGAGAUCUCGCCCUGCUGCAGAUGCAAAUGCGGGACUACCAGGGCUACAUCCAAAGUCGGAGCGCUAUGCUGCAGGCCCGCCCGGCUUUCCGACAGAACUGGACGGCUUUGGCUAUCGCGCACCACCUCGCUGGUGACCUGGAGGAGGCGGAGAAGGUGCUGACGACCUACGAGGAGACUCUCAAGACGCUCCCGCCAGUCGCCGACAUGGAGCACUCCGAAGCUGUCCUGUACAAGAACACCAUCAUGGCCGAAGCGGGCAAUGUCGAUAAGGCGCUGGAGCAUUUGGAAGCUGUGGGAUACCGAUGCACCGAUGUUUUGGCCGUGAUGGAGAUGAAGGCAGACUACCUCUUACGACUGGACCGAAAGGCUGAAGCGGAGGCCGCCUACAAUGCCCUCCUCGAACGGAACCCGGAGAACUCAAUCUACUACGAUGCUUUGAUCCGGGCUAAGGGAAUUUCGGGGGAUGACCACAAAGCGUUGAAGGCUGUAUAUGACUCCUGGGCGGAGAAGACCCCGCGCGGGGAUGCUUCUCGGAGGAUUCCCUUGGACUUUUUGGAAGGAGAUUAUUUCAAGCAAGCUGCCGAUGCCUAUCUGCAGCGGAUGUUGAAGAAGGGCGUCCCGUCUCUUUUUGCGAACAUCAAGACACUGUACACCAACACGGCGAAACGUGACACAGUGCAGGAGCUGGUUGAAGGCUACGCUGCGGGCCAGGCAGCGAACGGUGCCCAAGCCAACGGUGACAACACGGAAUUCCUCUCCUCUACCUACUAUUUCCUGGCCCAGCAUUACAACUACCACCUCAGCCGCAACCUGUCCAAGGCGAUGGAGUAUGUCGACAAGGCUAUCGAGCUGUCUCCCAAGGCCGUGGAAUACCAGAUGACGAAAGCACGGAUAUGGAAGCAUUAUGGCAAUGUUGAGAAGGCUGCGGAGGAAAUGGAAAAGGCCCGACUGUUGGAUGAGAAAGACCGUUACAUCAACUCCAAGGCCGCCAAAUACCAGCUCCGCAACAACGAGAACGACAAGGCCCUCGACAAUAUGAGCAAAUUCACCCGUAACGAGACUGUCGGUGGUGCACUGGGCGAUCUCCACGAGAUGCAGUGCGUCUGGUACCUGACCGAGGAUGGAGAGGCCUAUCUACGACAGAAGAAGCUCGGACUUGCUCUCAAGCGACUGCAUUCCGUCUACAACAUCUUCGAUGUGUGGCAAGAAGAUCAGUUUGAUUUCCACAGCUUUUCUCUUCGGAAGGGUAUGGUCAGAGCCUACGUGGACAUGGUUCGCUGGGAGGAUCGUUUGCGCGAACAUCCCUUCUAUACGAGGGUGGCUCUUGCUGCCAUCAAGGCGUAUUUGCUUCUCCACGAUCAGCCGGAUCUUGUUCAUGGACCGUUGCCUAGCGGUGCCAACGGCGCAGGCGAUGAUGAUGCCGAACGUAAGAAGGCCCUCAAGAAGGCUAAGAAGGAGCAGCAACGACUCGAAAAGAUUGAGGCCGAUAAGCGGGAGGCGAGAAAGGCAGCGGCUGCAAACGCAAAGAGCGCGGAUGGUGACGUGAAGAAGGAAGACCCUGAUCCGCUUGGAAACCAGCUUGUCCAGACGCAGGACCCCCUGAAAGAGGCGACCAAGUUUUUGACGCCAUUGCUGGAAUACAGCCCCAAGAGCAUCGAGGCGCAACUUCUUGGGUUCGAAGUCUAUAUUAGGAAAAACAAAUAUGCGCUUGCCCUCAAGUGCCUCUCCGCCGCCCACGCGAUUGAUGUGUCCAACCCGACGCUCCACGUUCAGCUCCUCCGGUUCCGGAAAGCUCUGGACAACCUCUCCGAGCCUCUGGCUCCUGAGGUAGCAGAGGUCGUCAACCCCGAAUUUGAGACUCUGCUCCCGAAGUCCCAGAAUUUGGAAGAGUGGAACAACUCGUUCCUUGCCGCGCACAAUGACAGCAUCCCGCAUACUCAAGCCGGUCUGACAUGCGGGCAGCUUCUGAAGGCGGACUCGAAGCCUCAGUAUGAGAAGGAUCUCACGGCUACCCUCGAUUCCGACCUCAUCUCCCUCGAGACCGCCCUCGCCGGUCUCGAUCUGCUGAGCGAAUGGGGAAGCAACCAAGCGUCCAAGACGGCCUACGCCGAAAAGGCUGCUAGCAAGUGGCCCAACUCGACUCUGUUCCGCGCUGAAUAA